UCUGUUGUCAAAUAGCCUGCGAUUUCCGCUUCGCGCCGGUGGCGAUGGAAACACAAGCAGAGGUUUUCGAGCCAUUGGAGCUCCGUUACUCCGAUCUCGUCCUCCUAUCCUCUUCAAGGAUUUCUUCUUCCUCUCAUUCCUGCGAAGAGCUGGAGAGGAUCGAAUUCAUCUCCGGCGGUGUCAUGCGAGCUCUAGGGCCGACGGGUCCUGGCCUUCUCGCCAUCACCGGAGUUCCGAAGGCUCCGGCUUUGCGGCGGGAUCUUCUCCCACUUGCACGGAAUUGGGCUCUUCUUGGUCAAAAGGAUCGAGCGCAAGUGCUCAAGGAUAUUGGUUUGGGCAGUGAUGUAUCCAUGAGGAAUCUUGAUAGAGCUGUCUCAUCAUUUGCAAUGCAGUUGAAAUAUGAGCAAUUUUCGGACUUAGAGUCAGUAUCACCACUCUUUAACAAUGGACAGAAAGAUAUUGAGGACAUGCAGAAAAGGAGAACUGUUGAUGAUUGGCAGGGGUUUCUUGGUCAUGAACAACAAUUGAUUGGCAACAUAUUCAGAGAACUAGGCUUAUGCAUGAUGGAACUAGGGUUUCAGUUGGCACGGGUAUGUGAUAACUUGAUUGGUGGUAAAGAGUUAGGGCAAAGUAUAUUAGAUGCUGGUACUGCAAAAGGGCGCCUCAUUCACUAUCAUUCUGUACUGGAUAACCUCCUCCUAAAAGAAGAGAACAAGAGAACCAAAGGGUCAAUAUCAAAGGCAAGAUCAACUACCUCAACUGUUAUUAAUUUAUCAAAUACCUUAAGCCUUACAAAUUUGCAUUUUUCAACGUCAUCAGAUAAUAAAGUUCUUCCCAAUUUUAUAAAAAGCGAGGAUGAGCAAUUCUUGUGCAGCAAAAUAAGCACUACUGGAGUGAGUUGUCGCAGGAAAUAUUUCUCAAAUCUGUGGCAACAAUGGCACUAUGACUAUGGAAUUUUCACUGUCCUGACUUCUCCUUUAUUCCUGUCAUCUUGCGGGCUGGAUGAUUCUUUUUGCUUCAAAGAUUGUUCUUCUCCAGAUGAUCAUACAUACUUGCAAUUAUAUGACUCUAAUAAUGAUAGGGUUCUACUGGUGAAAGCUUCACCUGAGAGCUUCAUUAUUCAAGUAGGGGAAUCAGCUGAUAUCCUAUCAAAUGGAAAGCUUCGAUCAACACUUCAUUCAGUUGGCAGACCUUCAGAGAUUGAAAGCCUAAGUAGAGAGACCUUUGUUGUGUUCCUGCAACCGCCUUGGAAUAAAGUGCUUCCUAUUCCUAGCUAUCUCAUGGAUGCCGAAGUGAAAGAUGAGGAGUAUUUGCCAAGCAAUGAUGCUUGCCUAGUUGGUCACAUGGUUGGAUCUGGAGACUCAAACCAUAUAGUUCAAGAAAUCUUCAGAAGUAUCCCACCUUUGUCCUCUCGAUUGAGACCUGGGAUGACAUUUGCAGAAUUUUCACGUGAGACUACAAAACAAUACUAUGGUGGAGGUGGUACACAGUCUGGGAGGCAAUAAUCCUAGGCCUUUUAGGACUUAAUUGAAAAUCAACAUAUCGGUUUCGGAAAUGUCUUCUGGAGGAGAGAUUAUUCUGUGCAGACAUCGGACGGGAGAACCGUCCGGUACCGCUUGGUACCGAGCGCGAUAUACUUUUGAGGCAAUUUGGCGUAUUUUUAUUGG